CUCAUACUCCUCACGACUAUGGGAAAUAACCAUUGUAUUCGGACGAUCCUCCCACCCAAAGCUGCUAAAUAUUUGGCUCCCUGACUCAGGAAUGCUCAAAGACACGCUACGUCCAGAAAUACCACUAUGAUCACUUCGGACGACCUACUCGUACUCCUUGUUACCGUCUACAUCGCUUUCAUCGUCUACCGGGUGUUGAGAUGGUAUAAUUUGAGGAAAACUAUGCCUCCCGGCCCUCUCGGUAACCCCUUCAGUGGAAACACGUCUCAGAUGCCUGUUGUAAAGCCAUGGCGGAAAUUUGAAGAAUGGAAUAAAGCUUAUGGGCCAGUAGUCUCAAUAUUCCUCGGUUCUACACCAGUAAUUGUCCUAGGAACGGCUCAAGCAGCCUGGGACCUCCUGGAGAAGCGCUCAGACAUAUACUCAAGCCGACCAAGAUUUAUUGUCGCCGGUGAACUGUUAUCUGACAAUAAACGUGGUUUAAUGUUACCCAAUAACGAACAUUGGAGAAAGUGGAGAAGAAUUCUACAUAAUGGCUUUCACAUUAGGAAAUCUGAAACUUACAAAGACAUUCAGUCACUAGAGUCAAAAGUUCUACUGCACGACAUCCUGACCGAUCCCACGUCAUACGAACGGCAUAUCCAGAGAUAUGCUGCAAGUGUUGUCACCUCUGUCACUUACGGUCGAAGAGUAGAAUCAGUCGACGAAUGGGUUGUGAGAGAAAACAUGGAAGCGAUGGAUUAUUUGACCAGCGUCAACAUCCCCGGAAAGUACAUCGUCGAAUCUUGGCCGUGGCUUCUAAAGCUCCCGCGCCGGCUCCAGUGGUUCCGUAAACAUCCAGAACAACGUCGCCAACGAGAUAUUACAUUCUUGAUGCAUAUCCUAAACGAUGUCAAAGCUCGGAUGAAAUCUGGGACCAUUCCCGAUUGUUUGACAGCGCAAUGCCUCAAUGACCUACAAAAAAUCGGGAUGACGGAACUGGAGCUUGCAUACGCGGUAUCUACUCCGUUUGGUGCUGGUAUUGAGACUACCGCCACGACCCUAACCGUCUUUAUUCUUGCUAUGUUGCACUUUCCCGAAGUCAUGAGAAAGGCUCAGACGGAACUAGACAGCGUCGUGGGCCUCGAACGCCUCCCUGAAUACGCCGACAAGCCAAACCUCCAAUACAUCAAUGCCCUUGUUAACGAAACACUUCGAUGGCGCCCUGUGGCGGUCUUGGGUGGGACACCGCACGCCGUCGUUGCGGACGACUUUUACAACGGAUGGUUCAUUCCCAUGGGGUCGACCGUCUUUGCAAACCUCUAUGGUAUUAUGAAGGAUCCGGCCAUGUUUCCUGACCCCGAAAUAUUUCGACCGGAACGGUUUCUUGAGACGGAUGAUCCACGACUCCAGAAUUUCGAUCUGCCUUUCGGCUUCGGACGUAGGCAGUGCCCCGGCAUGCAUCUCGCGCGAAAUUCUAUCUUCGUGAAUACAGCCAGACUUCUGUGGGCCUUCGACAUUACCCCGUCAAAGGGCAGGGGCGGCGAACCAAUUCUGCCAGAUACGUACAAUUUUACAAACGGCUUCAAUUCGAAACCCGUCAGCUUUGAAUGUAAUUUCACCCCGCGGAAUGACAAAAUUUUGAAGAUAAUCGAGGCCGAGUGGAACGACGCAAAGGAGAGAUUAGGUAGCUGGACCUGA